CUGAAUCUAAACCAGGGGAGAAAAUGAGCGAGGGAGGGAGUGAGGGCACCCAUCACAAACAAAUAGGCGCGUCUUAAAACAGAAGGACACUUGAGUUACACGGACAACUGAAGGAAAGAAAGGGAGAGAUGGAGUUGUGUGAUAUUUUAGAACACAAACACAGUCGUAAUCCGGGAUGCAAGCAAAGCUGAGAAAGUAAACAGGUCACCACGACCUCGCGUAGUAACAUAUGGACAGGAUGGGAGUCAGUCGUCUGUCGCCCAGCACACAUACGGUACGUGCCGCAAUAGAGGCACUCAGUGUGAGUACAGAACUCGUCGAGGAGGAACUUAAGCCAUAUCUGGACACAGUGCUGACUGUCGCCAUUGAAAGAAAGAAAGGCAUCGCUGAGCAGGUGGCAGACAGUGGGAUUUUGCCUGUGCUGGCGCAGAUUUUAAGAAGACAGAGUAAACUAACCACGCCCACAGUCCGACUGGUGGCUGAACUUGCCAGAUAUCCUCCCGUGAAAGAGCAGUGCUUUGAUACAGGCAUUGUGUCUGCCCUCGUGACCUUACUGCUCAACCAAGACCAGGACCUUCUCCUGCAUGUGAGCCAAGCCAUUGCCAGGAUCUGCUAUGACAGCAACCUGCAGCAGGAGAGAUUCCUGAGGCUCGGAGCUGUUCCCCGUCUGGCAUCGGUUCUUCUCCUGCACAGCGGGAAUGAAGCACUGCGGAGCUCCUGCCUGCUGGCCCUCUGUAAUCUGGCCAACAUGGGUGAGGAGGACGGCUCCAUGCUGGCGUGGGACGAGGGGGCACAUUUCAGCGAGGGGGAGCGCGUGUUCCGUGGCACCUCAAGAUACUCGUUCGGUUUCUCUUCGGCCGUGACGGUGGUCAGGCUGAAACAGACUAACGGCCAUUACUCGGUGACUGUAGAAGUUCUUCAGCGAUGCUCCACGCUGCUGUGGGGCGCCAACAACGGGCGCCAGGCUGGGCACCGGUUACUGAACUUAACCCACCUGGGAAGCUGUCCUAAAUUGUAUAAAGUCAUCAAAUGCUCGGUGAAGAACAUUCCGAGAUACCGAAGUCUGAGGGCGACAGUGUUUCACAGCCUCUUGUGA